AUGGCGAAACAAAAGAGCACUACGAAAUCUACCAAGAGGUACAGAUACUCGUCGUUCAAGGACAAAAUCGAUGACUUGAGGAUUGAGCCGGCCAGGAACUUGGACAGGAGGGUGCACGAUGAUGUGGAGACGUCGCAUUUUUUGGCCUCUUUUGAGCAUUGGCGCGAUAUUAAUAUGAGCGGCAAUUUUGGCGGGUUUAUGGAUAGUGUUGAAGGAUUGGUGCAAACAUUGCCGCAGUUGUUGUACCAUUCGGAUGAGGUUUUUGGACGGUUGGAGGAGUAUAUAGAUAAGCACGAUGAGAGGUCGUUGCAGCCGUUGUGUGAUAUUUUGGCGCAGUUCUGUCACGAUUUGGGGCCUGAUUUUAUGAAGUACUAUGAAAGGGCAAUGCGGUGUUUGAUUCGGUUGUUGGAGGCGGCUACUGAGUUUGAGAACUCGAAUGUGUUCGAGUGGGGGUUCAACUGUUUGGCGUACAUUUUUAAAUACUUGUCGCGUAGCUUGACGCAGGAUUUGAGACCCACGUUCGAUCUUUUGUUCCCGUUGUUGUCUAACCGGAAGGAGUACUUGUCGCGGUUUUCUGCGGAGGCGCUUUCUUUCCUAAUAAGAAAGUCGCAGCAGAAGAACUUGGAGUUGUUUGUUGUGUUUGCGUUUGGGAAGCUAAGCUCUUUGGAAAACGAUAACUUUUACGACGGGUUGCAGACUUUGUUCGGGGAAUCGUUGAAGAGUACGUCGGAUGCACUCCAUUCGAGGUCCAACAUAAUAUUCCAGACGCUAUUGACAGUAGCGUUUAAGUCGGAGUCCGAUGCGGUGUGUGUCUCUUUGCUCAGUGACAUCCUGUUGGACAUUAUCAGACACGCAUCCACCGAGAAUAUACAGUCGCUCUACGAGCUGAUAGUCCAGUACUUGGAUGGGAAUUUGGAUAGUCCCGCGUGCGAUGUGUCCAAAUGUUUGAAGAUAAUAGCAGCAAUCUCUUUUGCAGAAAGUGGUAGGAAAGUUCCCAGCUGGGAAAAACUCACGGGUGUCCUACGUAAAUGUACCGAGCACGCGAAUUUGGCGGAUUCUGAUGUGAAUUUGGUGUCGUUUACGUUCGCCGUUGUUCUCCGUAACGCAGACGUGAAAACUUUAACCUCGUUCCACAAGUACAUAUUCGACUUUUUCUUGAGUGGUAACACUAAGGGGUUCUCUAAGCAUUUCAUCGAAUUCUUCAAAGUUGCCAUUGAUAUUGAUAAGGCAAAAGUACUGUCCUUCAACGGUCUAAAAUAUUUGCAGAAAUAUAUUAACAACUGCUGGCAAGAUAGCUUGCCAAAGAUAGCAUUGUUCCUUUUGGAACUAGAGGCAAGCGAAGACUCCUCUUUGAAAGUUCAACUUUCCAUUCCAGAAUUGACCCAACAGUUACUUCACGAUAUCAGUAGUUCGGACUUGACAGACCAAGAAAGCAUCUUUUCAGUAUACUGGAGACUCAUAAUUCUUAGAUCCUUACAAGCAGAGAAUGAACAAAUUCUAACGACUUUGCUACAGAGAAUGUUCGAUACGCAUAGCAACUUUUCAGUUUUCGAAAAAGAUUUUGUAGGGUACCUCUUACAGGCAAUGACUUUCAGCGAUGAUGCAUCCAAAUACCCAGUUGAGGUGCUAAAUAUUUUGGUGCCUAGAGUUAUAGAGCUGCAGGAUAGCAAAUACUUCAUAAAAGGUGUUUUGCACGUUUUAUCUCAUACAGAUGAUGAUAGUAUCAAAAGUGUUAUAGAACCAUUAAACAAGAUUUUACUCCCAUUGACUGACAACCUUUUGCUUCCGGAUAAGAGUAUUCGUUAUGAAACUUUUAAGUUGAUAAUCAACAUUAUUGAGAAGCAAGGUGCAACUGUUCCCCAACUUUACUAUGACCUUAAAAUUUUAGAAGAAAUCCCAUUGGAUCACCAUACCAGCCGUGAUUUACCUUUAAGAAUCAGAAAAUUGGGCUCAGACUUUGCCAAGAUCGAGCCCCAAGAAUUAUUGACCAAUAUUUUCUUCAAACACAUGUUUGGUCUAUUAACUGUGAGAUUUUCUCCAAUUUGGGAAGCCAUCUACGAGAUUAUUCCUGACAUUUACACGAAAAACCAGUCUUUGGUAUGGAGCCUAUCGAUGCAAUUCCUUACAGUUCUUGAUAAGCCAAAUGAAAUCAAUUAUUAUCACAUUCCAAAUGAUUCCGAACUCCAAGAAGCUUUCUGGACUGUUAGUGUCAAUAGAUUGAACGACUCUAUACUGCUUUCUGAUAAAGCUUUCAAAAAGUACACUUCAGCAGACUCUAGUAUCUUAGAUUUGUUGGAAGAAAGAAGAAAUUCCAUGGAAUAUCCUUCUUUAAUCAGAAGUCAAAUCUUUAAAGUCCUUUUGUCUAUUCCAAAUUUGGCUGAACGUCACUCAAGAGAUAUUGUACCAUUCCUUUUCAAUGAAGAAGAAUUUGAAGAGGUCUUUUCAGCAGAUCAACAGAAUACUCUAGAAGACAGCAUGUUAACAGCUUCUAAAUGGAGUGAAAGUGACCGUAAUCUCUUGCUAAAGUUGAUAGGAAAAUUCAAAAACAUCAAAGCUAUCUACAAAUCUGAAGAAGUUCACGAAAGAAUGAUGGCUUUGUUGAGUAGUAGAACUACAGAAGUACAAAGAUUGGCAUUAGAUGCAUUGUUCUGCUACAAGGAUCCUCAUAUCACUAAAUACAAAGAUAACUUAAAGAAUCUUUUGGAUGAUACUCUUUUCAAAGAUGAGAUUACUAAGUUCUUGGCUACUGAUGAUAGCAGAACGAUACAGAGUCAAGAUGAAGAUGUUGUUAUGGGACUCAUCGUGAGAAUACUCUUUGGACGUGUACAAACCCCCAACACCAGUGGAUUAAAGAAAAGUAGAAAAACUGCAGUUAUUACCAUCUUACCCAGUUUGAAGAAUCACUACAUUAUUCAGUUCUUGCAACUUGCUACAAGCAAAUUCAAAUAUGAAUACUUCUUCGAGAACGGCAAUAAAAUUGAUCCAUCUUAUGCUACAUCCUUAACAUUAAGAAAGAUGUUGGGUUUCAUCAACGUUGUUAACUCAUGUCUUGCGGUUUUGGGUUCGCAUUAUCCUGAUGUCAUGAAAACUGUCAUAAGGCCGUUGAUAUAUGCAAUCACUAUGUCCGUUUACAUUAGUUCUGAAAAGUCGGAAGAGCAAUUCAUGGAAAAGAUUGCUUCGAAUCUAAGACCAUUGGGAUUCAAGUGCUUGUAUAAUCUUUUCAACCAAUUAGGAGAUGUUUUGGAUUGGAGUCCAUACAUCUCUGACAUAUUCAAUAACGUUAUUUCUCCUCGUCUUGAAAAGUUUGAAGACGAAAAUUUGCAGCAACCAUCAUCGGUCAUGAAGAUCAUCACCUACUGGGCUGAGCAAAAGCCUUUGUACAAUUUCUUGUACUACAACGAAUUAUCUGCGGUUGUCGCUUUAAUGAAAACUUUAAAAAAUUCCAAUGCAAAAGAAUCUGUUAUAGGUGUCAUUCUCAACUUCUGUAACAAAAUCAUUAAUGCUCCAGAUAAGGACCCAAGAUAUGUGGAAUUAAUCAUUUUAGUUGUUACAACUUCGUUACAACAACUCCCAUAUAUCUUACAAAAGUGCACUGACCAUAACGUGAUAUCUUCUGCUGUGGAUUUGUUACUAAACAUCACUGAGUUAGGAUACGUGGAAGAUAAUGAAACUAGGGAGUUAUUGGUUAACUCAUUGACACACGCUUUGCAAAAGGAUCUCUCUCAAUUUACUGUCAAGGAUAAAGUUAAAAUCUUGAAAACGCUUGCAUCCUUAAUUAAUGAUUAUGAUUGCUCUUUCUCUCAAAUCGAACCAUUGUAUACAGCGGCUUCAAAGUUGUACAGGUCUUACUCUGAUAAAGAUUUAAGACAAUCGUUGAACAGUGUCUUCACCAGCAUUGGUGCUAGAUUCAGUGAAUAUGAAGAUGUUGCUAAACUACUAAGUGACCUCAAUUCCUAUUCAACGACUAGAAUGAGGGAAUAUGACUUCGAAAGAAGAUUGCCUGCAUUCAAAACGUUCACUGAAGUUGAUUGUCAACAGUACAAUGAAACCCAAUGGCUUCCUGUAGUGUAUUCUUGUCUAUUCUUUGUCAAUGACACAGAAGAAUUGGCCAUCAGGACUAACGCCUCAUACACUUUGUGUAGAUUUGUGGAUUGUAUGAACUCAAAGGAAUCUCUAGAAGCAGCAAAGGGAUUCAUUGAUAUAAUGCAAACCGUCAUUUUACCAAAUGUCAGAUCUGGUUUGAGAAAAACCAUAGAGGAAAUACAAAAUGAAUAUAUCUCUUUGAUUUCCUAUAUCGUUACUAAUUCCCAGUUCCUACCUGAGAUUGAAGAUAUGAAGGUGCUACUACACAAUGGUGAUGAAGAAGCAGAUUUCUUUAUCAAUAUUAACCACAUUCAAUUGCACCGUCGUCAAAGGGCUGUUAGACGGUUAAGAGAGCACGCUCCUAAGCUUUCUGAUAACACUAUUUCUCAUUAUUUGAUCCCAAUGAUUGAACGCUACGUCUUCUCUUCGGAAGAAAAGUAUAGAAACAUUGGUAACGAAACAGUUGUUACAAUUGGUACUCUUUCCAACUACAUGUCAUGGAACCAAUACAAGGCUCUAUUCAGAAGAUAUGCUUCUAUGCUAAAAAAGAAUUCUGAGCAUUCAAAGGAACUUGUUCUCCUCAUUGUUAAUAUAUCCGUCUCUCUGAAAAAUACAUUGCAAGCUUUAAGACAGAAUGAUGACUCUCUACCAAUGAUUAGAAAGUUCCCUAAAACUUACCAAGAUCCUGAAUCUUUCAUUAAAAAUGAUGUUUAUCCAGACUUGAGUAAAACACUAUCAACUAGAGAUGAUGAUACAAUCGUAUCAAGAAUUCACUUAUCGGAGGCCUUAGUGAAUCUCGUCCUUGGAUUGGACAAAGAAGAGACUACCUCUCUUCUACCGGGUAUUUUAACAAGUGUUUGUCAGGUUUUGCGUAGUAGAUCAGAGGAAUUGCGUGAAGCUGUUAGAAAGAACUUAGCAAAUCUUGCAUCCAUUCUUGGUCCUCAAUACUUAUCAUUUAUUAUCAAGGAGUUGAAAUCGGCUCUUACAAGAGGUUCUCAAAUUCAUGUUUUGAGUUACUCCUUGCACUAUGUUUUGAUGUCUAUUUCCAAAAACCUCGAGCACGGCGAUUUAGAUGAAUCUCUUGCUAUGAUCGUUGGAGUAAUUAUGGAAGAUACAUUCGGGGCUGCCGGACAGGAAAAAGAUGCUGAAGGUUACACUUCAAAGAUGAAAGAAGUGAAAUUCAACAAGAGUUAUGAUACAGCGGAAUUAGUAACAUCAAAUAUCAGACUUCCUAUGUUCGGUGUUUUGUUACGUCCGAUAACCGUCUUAUUGCAAGAAAGAAUGGCUUUGAAGUCUCAAAACAAACUAAAUGAAUUAUUGAGAAGGUAUGCUUUAGGUUUGAAUCACAAUGAAGAAUCGUCUUCUCCAGAUGUCCUAAAAUUGUGUUAUGAGAUUUUCAAUAAAUCACAAUCUACAGAUGUUAGACAAAGACAACCACAUAGACCAAAAACAGAAAAGGAAGAAUUCUUUUUGAUUGACCUCAAUGCUAAAUCCGGAAUUGUUUCUAACGAUAACACCGUUUACAUUCACACUCUCCAAAGGUUCUCUUUGGAUCUCUUAAGAACUGCAAUUACAAAGAAUCCUAAUUUGAUGGAGGUUAAAUACUUACAGGGCUUUAUUCCUCUUCUUAAAGAGACUUUGGUUUCUGAUAGCGAAGGUGUUGUCAUGAGUACAUUACGUCUUUUAACUAUUAUCAUCAAAUUAGAAUUUGAAGAAGAAUCAGAGGCAAUCUUUAAAAAUUGCGCUAGAAAAGUUUUGGAAUUAAUUAAGAACUCACCAUCGACUUCUUCAGACUUGUGUCAAAUGGGACUAAAAUUUUUGUCGGUCAUGAUUCGUCACAAAGAUAUUCAAUUGAAAGAUACAGCUUUGGGUUAUAUUUUAGGACGUAUUCAACCUGAUUUGAUGGAGCCAAGUAAGCAAGGUCUAGCUUUUAACUUUGUGAAGGCAUUGGUAUCAAAACACGUCAUGCUUCCAGAGCUUUAUGAUGUUGUUGAUAACAUUGCUGAGAUUAUGGUUACCAAUCACUCUAAGGAAAUUAGAGAUGUAGCAAGAGGUGUUUACUAUCAUUUCCUCAUGGAAUAUGACCAAAGUAAAGGAAGAUUAGAAAAGCAGUUCCGUUUCAUGGUCACUAACUUGCAGUAUCCUUCUCAAGAUGGUAGACAGUCUGUCUUAGAAUUGAUUAAUCUCGUGAUCAACAGAUCAGGUGUGGAACUAGUCAAGAAGAUUUCUGCUUCAUUCUUUGUGUCGUUGGCGAAUACAUGUGUUCAAGAUGACUCUCCUAAAUGUCGUGAAAUGGCAUCCGUUCUUCUUGCCUCGUUAUUCGAAAAGCUUGGAGAAGAAAACAUGGGAGAAAUUGAGAAAUUCAUUUUAGCAUGGUUGAAGCAGGCCGAUAACACUCUAUUUAUAGGCUUAGGUUUGAAGAUCUAUAAGAUCUACCUUAACAAACUAGGUCCAAGCACAAACGAAGCUCUAGAUUCCUUGGCACUCACUAGGGUAAAAUCUAUUAUUUCAAACACAGAAGUUGGAUCAGACUCUUCAUGGGAUCUAGUUUAUACCACAUUGGGUGUUUUCAGUGUGUUUGUGUCCAAAAAUGAGGAAAGAGCUUUCACAGAUGAGUUCAGGGAGACAUGGUCACAAAUUAUGAACUGUUUGUUGUAUCCUCACUCCUGGGUUCGUUUAUCUGCUGUUCGUCUUGUUAACCAACUAAUCAACAAUUCAGAUAAGUUAGGAACUCCUUUGACAGAUUAUGAAGUACAAACAAUUGCAUAUAAAUUAUUCCGUUUGUUGGGUGCUCCAAAUCUUCCAGAAAACUUGUCGUCCGUCGCAGUUAAAACUCUUCUAGUUAUCAUCAUGAGAUGGAAUGAGAACAAAACUCCAUACAUUGACAGUACCGAAGAGAAUUCGGCAUUCAAAUAUGCAGAUGCUAUCGACUUCGCUAUUGGAAGAACAGGAUGGAUUAUUAGAAGUGAGGAUAAUCCAAACGACUCGUUCAAUUCCAAAAAGGCUGCAAUCCAACUUGCUGCACUAAUAAUUCAAGUUUUGAGUUCUGAAAGACUUUCUAAGGAUGCUGAUAAGUUUAUCAUGCCUCUCUACAUGUACCUAGAACCUAAUACUUACGGCUUAGACGAGGAUCAACAAGAAUUGCACAAUUUGGGUUCGGAAUGUAUUAAGAUCUUAGAAUCGAAAAUAUCAGUAUCCGAUUACACAGCUGCAUAUGCCAGAGUUAAGCAACAAGUUAUGCAAAGAAGACAGGAAAGAAAGGCAAAACGUGCUGUAUUGGCAGUAAGGGCUCCAGAAGUGGCUGCAAACAAAAAAUUGAGAAAGCAUGCAAGAUCAAGAGAAAAGAGAAAGCAUGAAAAGGAUGAAAAUGGGUUCUAUCAAAGAAAAAACAAAAAGAGAAGGAAUUAA